GAAAAGACGGGGGUAGAUUUCCUAACUGUGGUAGAGAAAUGUGAUGUGCAGCAUACGUGUUUGUGGAAGAAGAUUGCAACGUUCCGGUUGAUACAAGCAUUGAAAUUACUUGCUGUUGAGCGGACUAGUCCACACGGAUAGCAAAGCAACCUCGAGUUUUCAAAGAUUAUUUUCAAGUGUGUUUUCGAUAAUUCCUUUCGAUCGGAUAAAUAUAGAAGUAUUACUUUGUCUUUGUUUUGCAUUUACGCGCGGAAGACGCACAGAUCGCGAAUCUAUUACUGACGAUUUUAAUGCAAUUACGGACCACAGGAAGCCUGGAGUAAAGUAGAAAACAGGAGAGCAGAGGCCCGAUUUCUCAGCAUCGCCACAAAUCCACCUCUGUUUCUGCCGUGGAGUAGGCUACUUGAGUCUCUCACAACCGCGACCUGGAUGGAUGGGUAUGGGGAAAACAGGAUUUUGUUACCCCGGGGCUGAGCGCCUCAUCUACGCGUCAUCAUUUAUCCUGCUGAUCUUGCUCACUUUCUCAACCGUGGUCCAGAUAGACGGUAGCCAAGUGCACAGCACUCAUUGCCGCAUCCAGAAGUGCACCACAGACUUCGUCUCGCUCACCACCCACCUGAACACGGCGCCGGAUGCCUUUGACACAGAGUACUGCAAGGCGCUGCGGGCCUACUCGGCCUGCACGCAGCGCACGGCCAAGAGCUGCCGCGGCAACCUGGUCUUCCACUCAGCCGUGCUGGGCAUCAGCGACCGCAUGAGCCAGCGCAACUGCUCCAAGGACGGCCCCACGUCGCCCACGCAUCCCGAGACGCCCGUGGAGCCCUGCAACUACCACAGCCGCCACCUCCACCACAACCAGCAGGCCUCGUGGCUCGGCGGCGUGGGGGUGGGCACCGUGCGGCCCCCCACCUACCUAUUCUGCGGCCUGUUUGGCGACCCCCACCUGAGGACUUUCAAGGACCACUUCCAGACGUGCAAGGUGGAGGGCGCCUGGCCGCUCAUCGACAACAACUACCUGUCCGUUCAGGUGACCAACGUGCCCGUGGUGAUGGGCUCCAGUGCCACGGCUACCAAUAAGAUCACAAUCAUCUUCAAACCCUACCAGGAGUGCACUGACCCGAAGGUGUACCAGGCCGUGACGGACGACCUGCCAGCUGCCUUCGUGGAUGGCACCAUCAGUGGCGGCGAUGGUGAGACCAAGAGCCUGUGGGUGAUCGAGAAGUCCGCCGGUCACCACGUAGAGAUUCACGCUGCCUACAUCGGCGUGACGGUGAUCGUGCGUCAGCUAGGCCGCUACCUAACGCUGGCAGCGCGCGUGCCCGAGGAGAUGGCCAUGGCCUAUGACGACGAGACGCAGGACCUGCAGCUGUGCGUCAACGGCUGCCCGACGUCCGAGCGCAUUGACCGCGACGGACACCUCCCUCUACCCUUACAGCAACCUCUACUGGAGCCACAACAGCAGCAGCAGGAGGAGGCUGGGAUGAGGCAUCAACAGCAUCACCAUCACCAUAACAACCACCACAACCACCACAAUCACCACAAUCACCACCACCAGCAGCAGCAGCAGUACCAGCAGCUGCCCCGGCCCAAUGCCCAGCGGGCGGCCUACUCCCUGGACGCGGCCAUGGCCAAGUGCCGCGAGCAGCUGGAGGUGCAGGACAUCUACUUCCACUCAUGCGUGUUUGACCUGCUCACCACCGGCGAUGCCAACUUCACCAUGGCCGCGUACGACGCGCUCAGGGACAUGAAGGCACUGCACCCCAGAAAGGAGCGCUGGCACAUCUACCCGCCCUCGGGUGCCGCGCGGAGCCAAGCGUCACUGCUGCCUCUCCUGGUGGCGCUCUGUUUAGUUGUCACCGCUUGGCUUUAGUGGGAAAAAAAAUAAGCGUGUGAAAAAACUGUAUCAUAUUGAUUGGGCUGUUAUUUUUUUUUUUUAAAUGAUGGUACUAUGAUAAUGGUGUGGUGAAGCAAAGCAACAACAGACAAAAAGUGUUGAUGUAUAUACUGUGCACAAGAUGAGUCAUACUCUCUUGAUCUUAGUCGUGAAAAACGAACUUUCUCUCUCUUGUGACUGUACAUUUUGUGUAUAUUACUUUUUUUUUUCUCUGAAGACCUGGAUGUAGUCAUUUGUUGUGUGAAUUGUGUGAUUUUUUUUUAAUACCUCAAGAUGGAGGACGUUUUAACAGAAGCACUUUAUUUUUUAAUUUUUUGCAAGAAAAAAGAACAGCAAAAAGCAAAAAAAAAAAAAAUACACCUGAACAAAACAGUGUUUCCUUUAAGCAAGCCCAAUCACCAUGGAACAGCUUGGAACGGUAUAGAAACGGUACUAGGCCUCACCCAUAUAACUCAGCCGAACAGUUUUCAAAUACGAGUGCAAUUUGUUAUUUUUGAAAGUGAACAGGGUGGACAAACUUGGGAUCUCAGCGCUGGUAGAAUACUGCUCUUCACAGUGCUUUUGGCACGCACACAAUGUUUGACACUAACUUCACAUGUCUGGACUUCUUUGCCUUCUGAUGCAACACCUGAACAUGGUACUUGCCCGGUACAUGGUCCAUGAGUGACUACAGAGGGUUUGCGCCCCAGCCCUGUUCACUAAACGCUCCGUGUAAGAUUGAUUAUAUCUCACUCUGUUUAGAUCUACUCCAUGUUUCUAUCCUCUCUCUUUGAUCAGUGCAGCUGGCAGUUGCAAUGGAACCAACAGCAGCAGCAGCAGGAUAGCAUUGACACCUACUGAGUUUAUAAACAUCGUGGGCCCACUGAAAUUAUGCUUUUAUGACCUGAAUAUAAAAGUUGUGGUUGUUGACAGUUGUAGGAACAGCUGGCAGUGUGGGCGCGAUCAUGACGAUUGAAUAGUCUGAAUGAUUGUUGGAUGAACAUUUAUAUGCUUUACAUUGUGCAAAUACGGAUGUGUUUCAAGCUGGAUUUGCUUGACGGAUCUGGAGUCUUAUUUUAGAUGCUCUUCAGCAUGUGAAAAUCAGUAAAUAGAAGCAGAGAGUUCAUAGAGAUGACAUGUUUGGUCGUAACUCCAGAGUGAUUCUGUCUUACCAAACCCAUGUUCGUAUCAAUGAAACUGGAAUCCAGCACUAAUGAGACCGCUCUCCUCUGCUAGAUCAAGCCUCCUGGUAACAAUCCACAGUGUACAGUACAUGCAAUCAUAAGUUUGAGGGGUUUUUGUAUUCAUGGUACUACUCUUGAUAGAUCUGUGUGUCUUCACCAAUGUCUUCUCUCAGCAAGCGGCACUGACGAUCACCUUAUAGAUAUCGGACGAUUGAUUAGAUUAAUUGGCUGUUUGGUUGAUUGGAUCCCUUCUUUUUUGCUAACCAAAGACGAACUUACCUGAACAAGAGGAGAAUCACAGUGGAACACAUCUGAAGUACAGACGAAUAUUUUGUGUUUAUAUGUGUGUGCGUGCGUGUGUGUGUGUGUGUGUGUGUGUGUGUGUGUGCCUGUGUGUGUAAAUCCAGAGCAUGUAGAGGUGGGACUUGGAUCUGAUUUCUUUUAUGUUCCGAUAGCUCAUUUACAUUGAUAUGAAUGUCCUCCUCAGUGCAGCUUCCUUAGUCUGUCGCUCCCACUCUCCCCUUGCCUCUCAUUCUCUCUCUCUCUCCCUCUCUCUUUCUUUCCCUCUCUCUCCCUCUCUCGCCUGCUUAGUGUUGAGGGAAUAACAUUCACAGCAACAGCAGCAGAAACCGAUUUCUAGAGAUGGGAGACACUUAAAGGAGGGUUCAUGACAAUUAUGGCUUCCCACACUCCUCCCUGCUCUGGAGUUUGUUGCAACCCAGCAGCACCAUCUAUGAAAGGAAUUUUUUGAAGCCGGGUACGAGAUGCCAAAAUAUUCCCAACAGGGGCCACCCGUGUAACAUCCCAAACUCCCUUUUAUCACAUAAUCACCUUCUAAAAAAGACAUUGCUACUGUAGAUUUUUCUUUCUUUUGUUUUGCAACUACUGCCAGUGCUGAAGAGCUGCUACCAUACUGUGACAAGUGUAAUAGAUUGUAUUUAGAACACUGGGAGUUUGACAGGAGGUUGGUUAUCAGAAUCAGAAAUAUUUCAAUGUGAGGUGGGAUAUUUAUGACCCGAACAAGGCCUUGGAGUGCAAUCAACUGCAAAGUUAAGCCUACAUCCUGUGUUAAGCUUUCGUUAGCAUUUGACUUUGUGAUCUCUUUUUGUCGUGAGUGAAUAUGAGUUUUUGUUUUGUGAAGAGUGACUGCUCAAUGUUGAUACUUAAAUUAUUUAUAAAUGUAGUGUCUUGUUAGAGAAAGUUAAGCUCCAUACUCUUGCUGUUGGAAAAAAAAUGUUUCAGAUGUGAUUGUACUGCCACCUAGUGGACCACCAUUGUUACAUCAGUGUUUUAGUAUUGUACUGGAUGCGGUGAAGAAAAACUGAUAAAAGGAAAACGUGUGUUUUAUUUAAAACAAUA